UUUUUAAUGGCUAAAGGCCUAAAUUUAUCUUUUUUCCCUCUAAAAAUUAUUACAAUUUUCAAUUUCUUGUUUCCAAUUAUCUUCUUCCUUGCUUCAAUUUUUUUACUCCAAUCAGAAGCAGCAUCUAAUAAUGAAAUUAAUACAAAAAAUUCCAAUGGCUGCCAAAAUGAAAAGAAUUCUUUACAAAUUCUUGUUUUAUUCGAUAUUUCACAAGAGGACUUUGAUUAUUUUAAAAACCAACAAAAAAGGAUUGAGAAAGUUUUAAGACAUAUAAAUUUAAUAACUAAAGAAAGUUCUUCCAACUUUUAUGGAUUAAUUGCUUUCCAUCGUUCCCCUGUUGUAUUAAAUCCAAUUAAUUCUUUGGAAUCUUCUAAUGUUGAGAAAGUUAUUGAACUAAUUCAUUCCCUUAGACCUCGCCGUCAUUUAGAAACUUCGCCAGCCAAAGCCUUAAUUAUAGGCACACAAUUAUUUUCGGAAACUUCAAAUAAUUCAAAAAAUAUUAUUCUUUUGGUACAUAAUGGGGAAAAUACUGAUAUGUUUAAUGAAAGUAUUGAAGCAAUGUAUGUUUUGAAUAUUGAAGAGAGGAAAAGGAAUAUUUAGAGAAAUUUUCAUAAAAUUUUCACGAAUUUUCAGAAUGUGGGGGUAUUUAACUAAAAACGUAUCUGCUCUAUUUUUCUUAAGUUGUCUUGGGGGGAGGUUAGGAAGGUUAGGAAUAGGAAUAUAAUUUUUAGGAAUAUAAAAAUUAUUUUU